AUGGGAAAACAACAGUUUGAGGAUUCUGCCAUUGAGGUUGUAUAUGCGGAGAACAGUGGGAGAUGCAGCAAGAAUGACAAGGAAGAAAAGGCAUUACCGAAUGGUGAAGCGUGGCUUCCCAACUUGGUUAAGGCGAUAACCGAUGUAGCAACUAAUCAGAAGAAAGCAAUUCACGUAGACAAGAAGAUGGUAGAUGGAUCUUACUCUGGUGACAAAGGCAAAAAACUUAUCCCUCUUAUCAUCGCCGCUCAGUGGUUCUUCGUUAAGAUGAUCCAAGGAGCUAUCAGAAAUGACAUCAAGAUAAGUGGUAAGCCACUCUAA